CACGCUGCAGCUCAGCAGCUGUCUCCAGCCCAUUUCCCUCCCUUUCGCGCGACCCCAUUCCCCUCUUUAUAUGCACCCGAAAUCCCCCCAUUUCUCUAUACCUCCUCCUCCUCCUCCACCGCCACCGCCAUCGCCGCCACCACCACCACCACCACCACCAACCCAUUUUCUCUUUCAUCUCCACCGCUCAAAAUGUCUCUUCACCAUUUGCUCUUUCCCAUUCUAAUACUCGCAUUCUCCACUGCUUCUUCAUUAGCUGCCACUGCAGAAGACCAAACUUUAAACACUCAUCAAGCUGAGUUCUUUAACCCCAAGCUUCCACCCAGAAUCCUUUCCUCUUCCAAAAAGUUCGAAGGCUCAUCGGACAUUGUCGACCUCCGUUACCACAUGGGUCCCGUCCUUUCCUCGUCGCCAAUCAAUAUCUACCUCAUUUGGUACGGUCGUUGGUCUGUUUCCCAAAAACUCCUCAUCAAAGACUUCAUAAACUCAAUUUCCCCUUCCGCGACGCCGUCAUUUCCGCCGUCUCCUUCCGUUUCCGACUGGUGGAAAACCGUCUCUCUUUACACUGACCAGACUGGAGCCAACGUUUCGCGGACCGUCGUCAUUGCUAAAGAACACUCCGAUACGGGUUACUCCCACGGUUCUCACCUCACGCGCCUUUCAGUCCAACAAGUUAUCGCCACCGCCGUCGAAGCCGCUCCUUUCCCUGUCGACCACCGUAAUGGGAUCUACUUAAUCCUUACCUCCCACGACGUUACCGUUGAAGAUUUUUGCCGUGCCGUUUGUGGCUUCCAUUACUUCACGUUCCCAUCCAUGGUGGGUCACACUUUGCCCUACGCUUGGAUCGGCAACUCGGGUAAACAAUGCCCCGAGGUCUGCGCUUACCCCUUCGCCGUCCCGGGCUAUAUGGGCGGCGGCGGUCCGGGUUCGUUGGCCCCACCGAACGGAGACGUCGGGUUGGACGGCAUGAUCAGUGUGAUCGCCCACGAGUUAGCCGAGCUCUCCACAAACCCACUGGUGAACGCAUGGUACGCCGGAGAGGACCCCACCGCACCGACGGAGAUAGGAGACCUCUGUGAAGGGUUGUACGGUACCGGCGGCGGCGGAGGGUACAUCGGUCAAGUCAUGAGAGACCAGAAAGGGAAAACGUAUAACAUGAACGGCAACAAAGGAAGGAAAUUCAUGGUGCAAUGGAUUUGGAGCCCUGUUUUGAAAGCUUGUGCUGGUCCCAAUGCUUUGGAUUAAAUUUAAUAUUAUUUUUCUGGGUUUUUUUUUUCCAUUGAAAUCAUCAGAUUCAUUUCCAUGGAAUCUUGAUUUUUGCAUGUCAAUUUAGGGUUUGAGAUAGUUAUAUGUAUUGUAGAGUUGUAUAAACAGGUUGAUGAUAAAGUGCAAAUUUAAUGCUUUGGGUUUUAGAAGAAUCCUGGUAAAAAAAAAUGCAAAACAGUGCAUAGUCUGAGCUUUA